AUGACGACAGUUUCAGCUUUUAGAGGCGUUCGCUUACCUAUAUUUCAGCAUUCUCAGUUGCCAGUACCUGUAACCAUAUCUGGUAUACCAACAAGAAAGCUCAAAUAUCGGUCCAAUGGAUUCACUCUCUUUGCUCGAUAUUCUCGGUCCCAGGAUCUCUUCACCUCUCGUCUUCAAGAUAGUAUCGAGAAAUUGCCCAAACUCAUGGAGGAUAUUGUCCAGACAUCCAUAAAUACGGGUCCACGUGGUGCCCUUAGAUUAGCUCAGGGUAUUCAAGCAGUCAUUGGCGUCGGUAGCGAGUGGCUAGCAGAUGCAUCAAAGACAGCGAGCUCUUCUACUGGAUUAUCGACUCAGUUGCAGCUUGGAUUAGUAUCACCCCUUUAUUUGAGGAAAUUGUUUGAACGCUUGGGUGCUACAUAUGUCAAAUUAGGUCAGUUCAUAGCAUCUGCACCAACAUUAUUUCCUCCAGAGUAUGUCGAGGAGUUCCAGUACUGUUUUGACCGAGCUCCUGCAGUUCCAUUUCAAGAGAUACAGACAAUCCUGCGCGAGGAGUUGGGUAGACCAAUUGAUACUGUCUUUGAGUAUGUUGAUCCGACGCCAAUCGCUUCUGCGUCUAUAGCACAGGUUCAUGGUGCUAAGAUAAGAGGAACCCAAGAGGAUGUAGUUAUAAAGGUGCUAAAACCUGGAAUAGAGGACAUCUUAGUGGCAGAUCUGAACUUUGUGUAUAUUGUGGCACGCAUAUUGGAAUUUUUGAGUCCGGACCUAAACCGAGCUUCUCUGGUUGCUAUUGUUGGAGACAUAAGGGAAUCAAUGCUUGAAGAAGUUGACUUUAAUAAGGAGGCUGCAAAUAUUGAGGCUUUCAGGAGAUAUUUAGAAAUCAUGGGACUUACAAGGCAGGCUACAGCUCCGAAAGUGUACCAGCAGUACAGUUCCAAGCGAGUUCUUACAAUGGAGAGGCUUUAUGGAGUUCCUCUCACCGACUUGAACUCCAUAAAUUCACUUGUUCCAAGUCCAGAGGCUAGUCUUAUAACUGCCUUAAAUGUGUGGUUUGGUAGCUUGCUUGCCUGUGAAAGCUUUCACGCAGAUGUACAUGCAGGCAAUUUGUGGUUACUACGUGAUGGCCGCAUUGGGUUUCUUGACUUUGGAAUUGUUGGACGCAUUUCUCCAAAAACAUGGAAUGCUAUGGAGGUAUUUUUGGGAUCACUAGCAACUGAAGAAUAUGAGUCCAUGGCAUCUUCCUUGAUUGAUAUGGGUGCUACAAACAAGGAUGUGGAUGUCCCAGCCUUUGCUAGAGAUUUAGAAAAGAUAUUUUCAUCCAUACAGGAUUUGGAUACAGAAAUCAUUGUUGCUACAGCAAGAGGAACAAACACAAAUGCAACUGCAGUUUCUGCAAAUGUUGUGGUUGAUGAAAGACAAAUGAAUGCACUAUUCCUAGAUGUGGUUCGAGUCAGUGAAUCAUAUGGACUUAGAUUUCCUCGGGAGUUUGCUCUUCUCAUGAAACAACUUCUUUAUUUUGACCGAUACACACGAUUGUUAGCUCCAAAUUUGAACAUGCUGCGGGAUCAAAGGAUUUCGAUCGUCUCAAAUCAAAGGAGCAGAAACAUUUACCAGUGA